UGCGUUCCAAGAUGGCCCCUCCGCGUGUAACAACGAGGAAGGAUAACUCGAAAGAUAAUCCAGCGUUAUAUGAAGGGGAUUUCUUUCAGUUAUCUUCUUUGCCAAUAAGCAUCAUAAUAAUAUUUCUCAUGAUCUUUUACUGGUUUGUUUGCUACAACGUAGAUGUUGUGCCUCUGCAUGCCAUGGGUCCAGCUGGAACUUUUGUUUCGUAUUUGGCAAAACAUCAUUUAAAAUUUUUGAGGCUUGGUUUUAGAUUUGCAGUUAUUGCCCAUUUGUUAGAAGCUGGAUUUGCCUACAGGAUUUGUAGGAGGAUGCUGUUUUCGCGUGUCACAAGUUUCAAGUGGAUGGUUCAAACUGCUCUGGUUGGGUUUCCUUCCCUUGGUUUGUUACUAAGGCAUCGCAAGCAGAGAGAACUAGCAAACAAAAAAACCAAUUAAAUAUCACCCACAGUCGAGAUCAUGGUAUUAAAUCGUGUGAAUAGGGCUUCCUUUACUCCCGGAGUUUUUUUUUUUUGUUCUCCUUUCAAAAUUGAUUGAGAGGGUGAUGCGAAAAUUACUGAUCACAGGUGUUGAUGGAUACACGUUUUUACUAGAGCCCUGCAAUUGGCCAUUAUAACAUAGUGAACAUCGUAUGAAUGAUCAAGUUAGUUUCUAAGCGAAUGCUUCAUCAGUUUAUGGAGCCCGCACGUAACUAGUUACGUCAUAAAAGCAAGAGAACGCAGUUUUUUUAUUAAAACAAAUGAAUAGUUUGUUUCAUCUGUAAACUUUAUCAAGGCGAUCCACUUUAAACCUCUAAUAGCAGUGUUUCGCUUUUCAAACCGAUCGAUUAAAUAGUAAUUUAGAUUCCGCUCUCAGGUGUAUUUUUGUAAUAAAAUCACUCGCAAAGGAUAA